UGGUGGUAUAGUUUGUAUCCAAAGUUUAAAAACCCAAUGAUUUUUUUAUCAUCUCCCGCUCCUACUUCUAUCAUUCUAUAUACUAGUAUUAUAAUUCUGACUACUUUUCUCACCACCACUGGUUCUUAUGACGGAACUGAAAGGGAUCAUAUGGCGUUGUUAUACUUCAAGUCAUUGAUCAUCAAUGAUCCAUAUGGAACUCUAACCUCAUGGAACUCUUCUUCUGAAUUUUGUAACUGGAGUGGUGUUUCAUGUGGGAAGAAACAUAAAAGGGUUAUCAUGAUUCAACUAGUUUCAAAAGCCCUACAAGGCUCAUUGUCUCCUCAUAUUGGAAACCUAAGCUUCCUUCAGGUGUUAUCACUUUCAAAUAAUAGCCUUCAAGGAACCAUCCCUUCUGAACUCGGUUUUCUUUCUAGGCUGCGUAUCUUUGACUUGUCUCGAAACAAAUUCAACGGAGUCAUCCCUAGGAACCUGUCUAGUUGUCAUAACCUUGAAGAGCUUAGGAUUAGUUAUAAUAAGCUAGUUGGAAGCAUACCCAUAGAUAUCAGUUUUCUCUCCAAACUAACUAUUCUUACAUUGGGUGAUAAUAACUUAACCGGAGGAAUCCCUCCUUUCUUGGGGAAUCUUACAUUGUUGGAAACAUUCUCUCUUACCAGAAAUCCAUUGGGUGGGAUCAUUCCAGACACCUUAGGUCGUUUGAAAAGCUCAAAAUUAUUUACCGCUGGUGGAUGUAACUUACAUGGAACCAUCCCUCACUCCAUCUAUAACCUCUCGCUCCUAACUGAUUUUAGUUUGUCUAGUAAUCAUCUCACAGGUAGUCUUCCUCCAGUAAUUGGGUUAAUGCUCCCAAAUCUUCAAUAUCUUCAACUAUCGGGCAAUCAAUUGUCUGGUUUUCUUCCUCCGUCAAUAUCUAAUUGUUCGAAAUUAAAUCUUCUUCAAUUGAAUGAAAAUAAUUUUAAUGGGAAGUUGACAAUCGAUUUUUCUAACCUACAAGAUAUUACUAAAAUAUUUUUGAUGAAUAACAAUUUCAAUGGCGGUGGAGAAGCAGGUGAAAUGAAAUUUAUUGAUUCUUUAGGAAACUGCAGCAAAUUAGAGGUAUUGAAUCUUGGUAAAUGUAACAUUCAAGGAGUGGUCCCUGCAUCAAUAGGUAAUCUUUCUCACCAACUCAGUUAUCUAGAUUUACGAGGAAACCAGUUAUAUGGAAACCUCCCUUCAAGCAUAGGUAACCUAGUUGGUUUGACCUAUUUAGCUCUAGAUAACAAUACCCAAUUAACAGGAAAAAUCCCCUUUACCAUUGGCAUGCUUCAAAAUCUGCAAGAGGCUUAUCUUUCUCAAAAUCAACUUUCAGGGCCAAUUCCAUAUUCAAUUGGAAACUUAUCAAUGUUGACUUUGCUUAGUUUAGGUUCCAACAAAUUGGAAGGUGAUAUUCCACCAACUAUGGGGAAUUGUCAUCAGCUAGAACAAUUGUACCUCAGGGACAAUAAACUAAGUGGGAAAAUACCUAUACAAAUUUUUCAACUUACUUCUUUAUUCAUGUUAUAUCUUUCAUAUAAUAGCCUCUCUGGUACACUUCCAACUAAAGUUGAAGAUCUUAAAUCUUUGAACCAGCUGGAUUUAUCUUAUAAUCAACUAUCAGGUGACAUUCCAAGUAGCCUUGGUGGUUGUACUAGCCUUAUCAUCUUAUACAUCAAUGACAACUUAUUUGAAGGAAUGUUACCACAAUCAUUAAGUUCCUUGAAAGGACUGGUAGAACUCGAUCUUUCUCACAACGGUUUAUCUGGCCAAAUUCCUUCGUUCUUAGAACAAUUCUCGUUAGAAUAUUUAAACCUCUCUCUUAACAAUUUUCAUGGUCAAGUACCGGUAAAAGGGGUGUUUGCCAAUGCAAGUGCAUUCUUCAUUUUGGGAAACAAUAGACUUUGUGGUGGUUUGGUUGAACUUAGAUUACCGAAAUGCAAAAUGGCAAAAAAACGUAACAAAAGGUUCAAAUUGAUCGUUAUAGUCAUUUUAGUUUCUUGUACGGUGUUUUUUGUAUUAUGUUUUGUCUAUGCUUGGCAUAAAAAGAAAAAGAAUGUCCAACCAUCUCAGUCAUCCACAAACGAAAGGUUCUUAAAAGUUUCAUAUGAUCAACUGUUCAAGGCUACUAAUGGGUUCUCUGAAGAGAACUUGAUUGGCCAUGGUGGCUCAAGCUCUAUCUAUAAAGGAACUCUUGAUCAUGAUGAAAAAGUUGUUGCAAUAAAAGUUCUACAUCUUCGAAUUCGGGGAGCUCAUAAAAGCUUUAUAGCGGAAUGUGAAGCAGGACGAAGUAUUCGACACCGAAAUAUGUUGAAGAUAAUAACUUCGUGUUCAAGCAUUGACUUUCAAGGAAACGAUUUUAAAGCUUUGGUUUACGAGUUCAUGCCCAAUGGGAGUUUACAUGAUUGGUUGCAUUUAAAAACAAAUGCAUCCAGACUAGACCUAUUUCAAAGAAUAAAUAUUCUCAUAGAUAUUGCAUACGCACUUGAUUAUCUUCAUAACCAAUGUUUACCAACCAUUGUUCAUGGAGACAUGAAGCCUAGCAAUAUCCUACUAGAUAAUGAUAUGGUGGCUCACAUUGGCGACUUUGGUUUGGCUAAAUUUCUUGAAAUAAAUUCAAACCAAAUUAACUCAACUGGGGUUAAAGGAACAAUUGGAUAUGCACCUCCUGAAUAUGGUUUGGGGAGUAAGAUGACAAGUAGUGGGGAUGUUUACAGCUUUGGAAUAAUAAUAUUGGAGGUUAUGAGUGGAAAAAAACCGACUGAUGAUAUAUUCAAUGAAAACCUUAGCCUUCAUAAGUUUGCUUAUAUGGCGUUGUUAGACCAAGUAAUCAAUGUUAUUGAUGGUGAUGUUGUUCACAUGCAAAGUAUCAAAGUAAAUGAACAAAAAAUGAAAGAAUGUUUGGCUUCCAUUAUAACGAUUGGAGUAUCAUGCUCUGUAGAUUCUCCAUCACAACGGAUGAAUAUCAAGAAUGUUGUACAUGAGUUGUUGCAUGUUCGAGAUGCCCUUCAAAAUCUUGAGAGUUUAAAGUAGCUGCUGUAAGGAGUGACAUAUGUUAUGGUUAAAUACCUGUUACUUUGUUAUUUGCUUUGACAAAUAUGGUUUAACUGUCUGGUGAUGUUAGACCGCGUGUUUCGUGCUAUAAUAAAUUAGAUAAAUAUGUAUGUUGUUUGUUGCCACAUAGAGCAAAGUGUCAACCAAAGUUAUAAAGUGUAACCAUUACUUUGAGAUGCUCGUGUAAGACAAUCACAAUAUCUAUUAGAUCUUAUGGAGACUCGAUAAAGAUUUGUGAUUCUGUUUUUACUAAUCAAAUAACACUAUUUUCAUUGAUUUCA